UUCAGAAACCCUAACAGUUCUCUCUCACCGGCGAUAUCAAAGGCGAUUCGAAUUCCCACUAUUUCCAAACAACCAUCGUUCUCAACAUCGGCUAUCUAUCUCACUUCAUUCUCACCGUUGUCGCCGCAGCUUCUUCUAACCCUAGCGCCGCCGAUUCCUCUAAACCCUAGCACCCCCGCUUCCACUAUUUCCGAACAAACCGUCGCCCUCGCCACCGUGCUCACCAACGUUCUCACCGCCGCUUCCUCUAAACACUAGCUAGCACCACCGCUUCUUCUAAACCCUAGCGCCGCCGCUUCUUCUCUGUAAACCGUAGCGCCGUUUCUCUGUAAACCCUAACGCCGAUCUAUAACCACAAUGACGAGUACUCCAACUCCUUCUGCGACUAAUCAGACAAAAAGGAUGGAUAUUCCAGAACUCCCCCGUAGGUUAUACACAUUAGGGGAAGAGCCAGAACCCCACAAUAGCAUUUCGUAUCAUACGGAUAACAAGAAGUUGCAUACUGCUCUUAGGGAAGCUCUCACUGAUGCUGAAUUUGAAGAGCUCAAGGAGUCGAGAUUGGGAGUUUUCAUCAAGUUCAAGGAGCAGGGAUUUGGUUGGGCUUCAAGGCUGGUUCACUACUUGCUCUGUUUAAAGCUGGACAUUAAGAAGAAGUACGAGAUGUGGUGUCUCGUUGGUCCAGAACCUGCGAGGUUUUCACUGUUAGAGUUUGAAAACAUCACUGGUCUAAACUGCGAGUACAUCGAGGACCUUGAGACACCAGAAUGUGAAGUUACCCCAGAGAUGGUUUCUUUCUGGGGGAUGAUGGGAGUUCAUCUGGAAGCUGGGCCAACUACUGAUCAGAUAAUAGCAGCACUGAAGAGAUGCGGGGAUUGGUCCAGGAAAGAUCGUAAGCGACUCGCGUACCUUUCCAUCUUCACUGGAUUCAUUGAAGGGAGAAAGUUUUCAACCGCUACACGAGCUACUCUGGCAAGGCUAGUGAUGGAUUUAGAACGGUUUGAGAAUUAUCCAUGGGGGAGAGUCGCGUUUAAGGUGCUGAUGGACUCUUUGUGGAACAAAGAUAUUACUGGCUGUUACACCGUGGAUGGGUUUAUACAAGUUCUUCAGGUCUGGGCGUACACAGCUAUUCCGGGAUUGGGUGCUAGUAUUGGUAGUCCCAGAGCAAACAGUCCGUCUCCACCGAUUCUGGCUUACGAGGGCAGCAGAGGCCGCGGAUUCAUGAAAGCUGUUAUCUUGAGUCAGGUACCUUUCCAUCUUCACUUAAUUAAGUUGUCUGGAAAGUCUUCCAGCUGGACGACUUAGUAGACGACUUAUUAU